CGGUGUCAGUCAGUACAGACCGUGUAUGGAAACAGUUGAACCUCAUACGGUUUAUACAACUUUAAUCUUUUACAUUUCAACCUUAGAACAAACAUAGAAAUCCUUAUUAAAUAAGGCGAAUACGAGUUUGCCGAUUUACGUCAAAGAGAGAGGAUUUGAAACAAAACACUGAGCCUUCUCUCUGUCUUAUGUCGUGUCUCGCGCUUCCUCCUUCCUGUUUCUCUUUGUUUACGUCCUUCAGUGCUCAACAGCGUAAGAAGGUGAUUCGUGGAAAAACACAAGUUUGAGGGAUAGCAAGCUUUCUUACCUCCUUCUUUUCCGUCUACACAUCUGUUGUGUCCAACUGGACCAGGAGUGAGAGUCUAAUGCCCCCGGAGGAUGAGCCCGGCCAUCGAAGGGAUGCAGACAGAGCAGCAGAGGUAUUUGGGGAAAGGGGUGAUGCUUGAGCCAUUUGUACAUCAGGUGGGAGGACACUCGUGUGUACUCCGUUUCGGCGAGCAGACGAUAUGCAAGCCCCUCAUCCCCCGGGAGCACCAGUAUUACAAGAGCCUUCCUGCUGCUAUGCGGAAGUUUACACCGCAGUACAGAGGUGUGGUGUCAGUAAGUUUUGAGGAGGAUGAGGAAGGGAAUUUGUGUCUUAUUGCCUACCCUCUGCACAGUGAACUUGGGGACUUGGAAAACAUGGAUCCCUCAGCUGACCUGGAGCCCAAAAACAAGAUGAAGUGGGUCAGCAAGAUGCUGCUGGACAAUGAGGGCUACAGCAAGGACAGAUCCAGACACUCUCGCAAGGAUAAGGACAAGAGUAUGAAACGCGAGGAGGAGCUGGAGUGGCUCCAGCAGGCUGAGGUUCUCUACUACAGCCUAGAGAGCAGCAAUUCUACCGGCCCUCAGCUCAAGCACAACCCCUGGAGCCUCAAGUGCCACCAGCAGCACCUGCAGAGGAUGAAGGAGAAUGCGAAACAUCGCAACCAAUAUAAAUUUAUCCUGUUAGAGAACCUGACGUGGCGCCACACAGUUCCAUGCGUGCUUGAUCUGAAGAUGGGCACAAGGCAGCAUGGGGAUGACGCCUCAGAGGAAAAGAAGGCAAUGCAGAUCCGAAAGUGUCAGCAGAGCACAUCAGCCAGCAUCGGAGUCCGCCUCUGUGGCAUGCAGGUGUACUAUUCAGACACAGGGCAGCUCAUGUUCAUGAACAAGUAUCACGGCCGAAAGCUGACCCUGUCUGGCUUCAAAGAGGCCAUUUUUCAGUUCUUCCACGAUGGUAGAUGCUUAAGACGGGAGCUCCUGUCACCAGUGCUGCGGAGACUGCGAGAAAUGCAAGCAGCCCUGGAGGACUGCGAAAGCUACCGAUUUUACUCUAGCUCGCUGCUCAUAAUCUACGACGGAGAUCCUCCGCGAUCCCGCCACUCCCCAGAGGACGGGCUUUCAGAAGAGGAAGAAGAUGAGGAAGAGGAUGAGGAAGAAGAAGAGGGGGGUGCUUUUGGUUUCCCUCAUGGUGCAGGAGCAGCUAGUAACAGCAACAGUGGUGCUUGCAGCAGCAGCAACAGCUCAGCUGUGGUGCGACGCAUGGCCAGGUCAGAAAGCGGCCCGUUGGUGGAUGUCCGCAUGAUUGACUUUGCCCAUACCACAUGUAGGCAUUAUGGGGAGGACAGUGUAGUCCAUGAAGGCCAAGAUAGAGGUUACAUCUUCGGUUUGGAGAACCUCAUCACCAUCAUUUCCCAACUUGAGGACCACAGCUCAGAUUAAACCAUUGCUCAGCUUGCAGUCCCUGUCCGAACACCUUAAAAACCAGCAUGGCAGCAAACUAGGGAAAAGCAGUCCAUCACUUCAUUCUCUUUUUCUCUUCUCAUUCUUUCCAUCCAUUGAGAUAAGGACUCAGUAAAAGGACUCUCAGAGCUCAAACUGUUUAUUGGUUUUUGUUGGUGUCUUUAUGCCAAUUUUGUUUUUGUGUGCAUUUAGGGUUAAAAAGGGUCGAGAAGCUAACAUUGAGAAGUCACAUGAUCUGUUUAGUAGUUUUACUCAGUACCCCACUGAGCUGUUACAAUGUUUAUGCUGUUCCUCUAUUGUUUUAUUUAUUUAAAAGAUAAAACACCGUGCAAAAGUUAUUUACAGAAAAAAGAACCGACUCCGAUCCACUCGUUCCUUGAAGGUUCCGGAACGUGGAUUUGCUCUUGUUCCUGAGCAAUAUCUAUUUGAUGGGAAACAGUAGGCGGAGAAAAGGAAGACUGUUAACUUUUGCUCUACCAGAACGCCCCCUGCACCUUUCCCCAUUGUGAAGAGAUGACUAUAUUCAGAUAUUUAGUUGACAUACAGAGACUAUAAUAAAGCUUUAUUUAUUUGUCAUGUUUCCUAAAUAAACUAGAAAAAAGCAUUGAAAAAGUGAAUGGAGACACAAAGACUACAUUCCAUGUUAUCAAUGUUACAAUAAUGAUAUUAAUAAAUAUUAUUAUUUGACAUGUUCAAAUACCUCUAUUUCGUAUAUCUGUUGUAAACGGUAUGUUGGAGGCAAAAUAAAACUUGUU